AUGGAAGUUAUAAGCCCCACCCAGUCUCCACCCACUCUCCACCCAGGACCCACCCGGACCCACCCAGUCGCCACCCAGGCUCCACCCAGGACCCACCCAGGACCCACCCAGGACCCACCCAGUAUCCACCCAGGACCCACCAAGGCUCCACCCAGUCUCCACCCAGUCUCCAUCCAGUCUCCACCCAGUCUCCACUCAGUCUCCACCCAGGACCCACCCAGUCUCCACCCAGUCUCCACCCAGUCUCCACCCAGGACCCACCCAGGACACACCCAAUCGCCACCCAGGCUCCACCCAGGACCCACCCAGGACCCACCCAGUAUCCACCCAGGACCCACCCAGUCUACACCCAGUCUCCACCCAGGACCCACCCAGUCUCCACCCAGGACCCACCCAGGACACACCCAGUACAAACCCAGUCUCCACCCAGGACCCACCCAGUCUCCACCCAGACCCCACCCAGGACCCACCCAGACCCAUCCAGUCUCCAUCCAGUCUCCACCCAGGACCCACCCCGUACCCAUCCUUUCUCCACCCAGUCUCCACCAGGACCCACCCAGGCCUACUGCUGCAUUGGCCUUCUCCACCCAGUCUCCACCCAGGACCCACCCAGGACACACCCAGGACAAACCCAAUCGCCACCCAGGCUCCACCCAAGACCCACCCAGGACCCACCCAGUAUCCACCCAGGACCCACCCAGUCUACACCCAGUCUCCACCCAGGACCCACCCAGUCUCCACCCAGGACCCACCCAGGACACACCCAGACCCAUCCAGUCUCCAUCCAGUCUCCACCCAGGACCCACCCCGUACCCAUCCUUUCUCCACCCAGUCUCCACCAGGACCCACCCAGGACCCAUCCAGUCUCCACCCAGGACCUACCCAGUCUCCACCCAGGACCCACCGAGUCUCCACCCAGGACCCACCCAGACCCAUCCAGUCUCCACCCAGGACCCAUCCAGUCUCCACCCAGGACCCACCCAGUCUCCACCCAGUCUCCACCCAGGACCCACCGAGUCUCCACCCAGUCUUCACCCAGUUUCCUCCCAGGACCCCUCCAGUCUCCACCCAGGACUCACCCAGUCCCAUCCAGGACCUACCCAGCCUCCACCCAGGACCCACCCAGUCUCCACCCAGUCUCCACCCAGGACCGACCGAGUCUCCACCCAGUCUUCACCCAGUUUCCUCCCAGGACCCACCCAGGACCCACCCAGUCCCACCCAGGACCUACCCAGCCUCCACCCUGGACCCACCCAGUCUCCACCCAGUCUCCUUCAGUCUCCACCCAGGACCCACCCAGUCUCCACCCAGGACCCACCCAGUCUCCACCCAGGACCCACCCAGAACCCACCCAGUCUCUACACAGUCUCUACCCAGACUCUACCCAGGACCCACCCAGUCUCCACCCAGUCUCCCUCAGUUUCCACCCAGGACCCACCCAGUCUCCACCCGGUCUCCACCCAGUCUCCACCCAGUCUCGACCCAGGACCCAUCCAGUCUCCACCCAGGACCCACCCAGUCUCCACCCAGUCUCCAUCCAGGACCCACCCAGACCCACCGAGUGUCCACGCAGUCUUCACCCAGUUUCCUCCCAGGACCCCUCCAGUCUCCACCCAGGACCUGCCCAGUCCCAUCCAGGACCUACCCAGCCUCCACCCAGGACCCACCCAGUCUCCACCCAGGACCCACCGAGUCUCCACCCAGUCUUCACCCAGUUUCCUCCCAGGACCCACCCAAUCUCCACCCAGUCCCACCCAGGACCCACCCAGUCUCUACACAGUCUCUACACAGUCUCUACCCAGGACCCACCCAGACCCACCCAGUCUCCACCCAGGACCCACCCAGGACCCACCUAGUCUCCACCCAGUCUCCACCCAGGACACACCCAGGACCCACCCAGGACCCACCCAGUCUCCACCCAGGACCCACCCAGUCUCCAUCCAGUCUCCACCCAGGACACACCCAGGACCCACCCAGGACCCACCCAGUCUCCACCCAGGACCCACCCAGGACCCACCCACCACCUGUUAUCCGCUGGGAAACACUUGGUAA